GGCAUAGGAAGCAGGUCCUCAUUAGCCCAAUGGCCAGGCUGCGGUGUUCCUGCCAUCAAACCAGCCCUGAGCUUCAGCCAGAGGAUUGUCAACGGGGAGAAUGCAGUGCCAGGCUCCUGGCCCUGGCAGGUGUCCCUGCAGGACAGCAGCGGCUUCCACUUCUGCGGUGGUUCUCUCAUCAGCCAGUCCUGGGUGGUCACUGCUGCCCACUGCAAUGUCAGCCCUGGACGCCACUUUGUUGUCCUGGGCGAGCAUGACCUAUCGUCGAACGCUGAGCCCUUGCAGGUUCUGUCCAUCUCUCAGGCCAUUACACACCCUAGCUGGAACCCUACCACCAUGAACAAUGACGUGACACUGCUGAAGCUCGCCUCACCAGCCCAGUACACAACACGCAUCUCGCCAGUUUGCCUGGCAUCCUCAAACGAGGCUCUGACUGAAGGCCUCACAUGUGUCACCACUGGCUGGGGUCGCCUCAGUGGCGUAGGCAAUGUGACACCAGCACAUCUGCGGCAGGUGGCUUUGCCCCUGGUCACUGUGAAUCAGUGCCGGCAGUACUGGGGCUCAGAUAUCACUGACUCCAUGAUCUGUGCAGGCGGUGCAGGUGCUUCCUCAUGCCAAGGUGACUCCGGAGGCCCUCUUGUCUGCCAGAAGGGAAACACGUGGGUGCUUAUUGGUAUUGUCUCCUGGGGUACCAAAGACUGCAAUGUGCGCGCACCUGCCGUGUAUACUCUAGUUAGCAAGUUCAGCGCCUGGAUCAACCAGGUCAUUGCCUACAACUGAGCCCACCACAGGCCCCUCCCCAGCUCAACCCAUUAAAGACCCAGGCCCUGUCCCAUCAUGCA